GUUUUUGACAAGAAUUCAUAGAAUUAAAUAGAGAAUGACAGAAAAAGAAGAAUACCCCAUCGAUAUUGCAUUGGAAUUUCUCGAUUCAGACAACAAAUUCAACAUUAUCUGAUUUUCUCUUUUUCUUUUUUCUCCUUCUCUUUUGUGGCGUUCACGUCAAGGAUGUCAAAAAUCUAAUGCUACUUUUCCAAAGGCAUGAAGGAACAACAUAAAAUGGCUUGGUAUUCAUCCAUUUCUCACAUUUCAGACUUUCUUGCUCUGUCUUGGUGUCUGGAUUUCCUUGCCAAAGUUUGAAGCUUUUCCCCAUAAUUUAUCACCCAGAUAAGUUUUCCUUUGUUUAUCAAAUUCUGGGUCUCUCUCUCUCUCUCUCUUCAAUACCUUUUUGUGAUGAAAUCAGAGGAAAAUUUCCUUCAGCUUCAAAUCUGAGUUGGGUAGCCCUUGUCCCCUCUCUGAGUUAGGAUUUGUAUCACCAGAAACAAAUCCUGAUUUGGAGAGAAGGGUGUGUUUGUAUCAAAUGUGUUUAAAUUCCUUGAAUCCAAGCCAUACGAUAAGAGGACGAACACAGCUUAUUCUUCAGUAAUUCAACUAUGAGGUUUUGAGCUUGUUUCCUGAUAGCUGCUACUGUUCUAUAUAUAAAGUUGGUAUCUUGGUUGUGUUGUUCUUGUAUCAAUCCGACUGUUGUAUCUGUUCCAUCAUUUUCUUCGCUUUUGAAUUCUCUGCUAUGUUCACAAAUAUGAAUCUCUUUCCUACUGAAUGGUCUUUUUGCUGGAGGGUUUCGUGUUUGGCUUUGGAUUGUUUAUCUUGUGUGUGCAAUUGAUUGGAAAAUAUAAAAAGAAAAACAAUUUUUUUUCUUAUAUGGUUGAGUGAAUUGAACUGUGAGUGUUGUGGACUUGGAGGAGUGGUAUCGUUGAUUAGUUUCUGUACUGUUAGAUUGGUGGGAUCAAAAUGGGGAAGAAAAAGAAGCAAGUAGGAGAAACAAGUGAAGAUAGAGGAAAUCAUAGUAAAGUUGAAGAUAAAAGCCCCAAAGCAUAUGACAAUGAUACUUUGGUGUUUAUAUCUAUGUCUCAAGACUUGAAGGAUGAGGGGAACAAACUGUUCCAGAAGCGGGAUCUCGAAGGAGCUUUGGUAAAAUAUGAGAAAGCCCUCAAAUUGCUUCCAAGAAAUCAUAUAGAUGUGUCCUAUUUGCGGAGUAAUAUGGCUGCUUGCUACAUGCAGAUGGGACUCAGUGAGUACCCUAGGGCAAUCCAUGAAUGCAAUUUGGCUCUUGACGUAACACCAAAAUACAGUAAAGCUCUGCUGAAGAGGGCAAGGUGCUAUGAGGCUUUAAAUAGGCUGGAUUUUGCACUGAGAGAUGUGAGCACUGUUUUAAAGAUGGAGCCAAAUAAUAUCAUGGCAUUGGAGGUCUCAGAUAAGGUAAAAUGUGCACUUGAAGAUAAAGGAUUAAGAGUGAAUGACACGGAAAUUGAGUUGCCUCCAGAUUAUGUUGAACCUCCUAAUGCUUUGCCUCCGAAAAAAGUAGAGAAAGAAAAGACACGGAAGAAGAAGAGCAACAGAGAGAAGGUGAAGGCUCCUGAUAAAAUUGAAGAAAAGCGAGCUGAGGAGAAAUUGGAAGAGAAGAAAGACCAGGAAAGAAUUGUAGAAAAGAAGGCCGAGGACAGUCAGAAAGAGAAGAAGGCUAACAAAUCUAAAAAGAAGAAGGUCAAGGAAAAAAUUGAUGAGAAAAAGGAUGAUGUUAAGGAGGUCAUUGAGGAAAAACCCAAUGGUAGAAGUGAAGAUAUACCUAAGAAAGCAGCAAAACUUAUUUUUGGUGAGGAUAUAAGAUGGGCUGAAUUGCCAGUUAAUUGCACCCUCUUUCAGCUAAGAGAAGUUAUUUGUGAUCGCUUCCCAAGAUUAGGAGCAGUUCUUGUCAAAUAUAGGGACCAAGAAGGUGAUCUGAUUACUAUCACUUCUGAUGAAGAAUUAAGGUGGGCUGAAACAGGAUCACAGGGUUCUAUCCGGCUGUACAUUGUAAAAGCUAAUCCUGAUCUUGAUCCAUUCUUUGAGAAACUUAAUCUGAAGAACAGAGAAAAGGUUGGCAUUGAUAAUGCUCCAGUGAAUGGUUCCGUGGUGAAGACAAAUGAUAUUAUUAGCUCAUCUUGCAUAGAGGAUUGGAUAAUUCAGUUUGCACAACUGUUCAAGAACCAUGUUGGGUUUGAAUCUGACCGGUAUUUAGAUUUUCAUGAACUUGGGAUGAAGCUCUAUUCAGAGGCUGUGGAGGAGGCAGUUGCAAGUGAAGAAGCACAAGGCUUAUUUGACAUGGCUGGUGGUAAGUUCCAAGAGAUGGCAGCUCUAGCAUUGUUCAACUGGGGAAAUGUGCAUAUGUCCAGGGCAAGAAAGAAAGUGUAUUUAACUGAUGAUUCUUCUAAAGAGCAUAUGUUUGAACAAAUAAAAAAUUCAUAUGAAUGGGCGCAGAAAGAAUAUGCAAAAGCUGGAGAAAAAUAUGAAGCAGCCAUUAAAAUUAAAUCAGACUUUUAUGAAGGCUUCCUGGCAUUUGGCCAGCAGCAGUUCGAGCAAGCAAAACUUUCUUGGUAUUAUGCACUCUGUAAUAACGUAGAUUUAGCCACGUGGCCCUCCACUGAGGUUCUUCAGCUUUACAACAGUGCUGAGGAUAAUAUGGAGAAAGGAAUGCUGAUAUGGGAAGAAUCAGGAGAGCAGCAGUUGAGUGAAGCCUCCAAUUCCAAGGAUAUUAGAUUUCAUUUGCAGAACAUGGGGUUGGAUGGGCUAUUAAAAAAUAUGUCAUCAGAUGAAAUUGCUGCACAGGUGGCAAAUAUGAGGUCUCAAAUAAAUCUUCUGUGGGGUACCAUGCUAUAUGAACGCUCAAUAGUGGAGUUCAAAUUAGGGCUACCGGUAUGGCAUGAAUCUCUGGAAGUUGCAGCUGAGAAGUUUGAACUUGCUGGAGCUUCUCCAACAGAUAUAGCUGUAAUGUUGAAGAACCACUGUUCAAAUAACACUGCUGUAGAUGGUCUUGGAUUCAAAAUUGAUGAAAUAGUACAGGCUUGGAAUGAGAUGUAUGAAGCUAAAAAGUGGCAGAAAGGAGUUCCAUCAUUUCGUUUGGAGCCCUUGUUUAGAAGAAGAAUAUCAAAAAUUUACCAUGCCUUUGAGCUUGUAUGAGUUGCAUCUUUUUCUGCAAGUCGUUGAGGAAUAACAGAGUCAACACACACGUAGGUUGCUUUGUGCCUGAAAUGCUGUUGUCAUCAUAAGGUUUCUUUGGCUACUUUCAAGAGUUUGGAGUCAAUGUACUUAUAGAAGAAACUUUUUCGCAUUGCACGUAUUCCUUUUAAGUUGGGAAGAUGGAGGGUUGCAGGAAUUACCUUUUAGUUACUUUCUGCCUUUGCUCAGAUUUCCUUCCCCUUAUGGUUAGAUUUAUAGUGGCUGGUAGGAUAUUAAAUUUAUACUGAAAGCAGUUUGAGAGAUUUGUUGUUUGUUUUCCUGUUUCCCUUGUUCUGUAAUUUAUCCAUUUGUAACUACUUGUUGAAUUAGUGUUCUUACAUGAGAUUUCCUUGUACUAGUUUGUUUUUUUUAUGGCUCCUUGUACUAGAUUGUUGUGCUUACCGGUUGCUACACAUUCUACUUUUUAAAAUAAAAAAGAAAAGACAUU